AUUUCCUCUUGGGUACUCUCUGUCUCCGCAGGCACCAUGAGUUUCUCGAAGUCCACCGUCUACUCCACUUCCUAUAGGCCAGUCAGAUUUGGCCCUACUGCCAGCGCGGCCAGCGUCUACGCUGGAGCCGGCGGAUCCGGCUCGAGAAUCUCUGUCUCCAGAGUCUCCAGCCUGGGCUCGAGCUUCGGGGGUGGCUUCGGAGGUGGCUUCGGAGGGAUGAGCAGCAGCUUUUCCUUCUCCGGUUCUGGUGUCGUCCAGAACGAGAAGGAGACCAUGCAAGACCUGAACGACCGCCUGGCCAGCUACCUGGAGAAGGUGCGCAGCCUGGAAGCCGAUAAUCGGAAGCUGGAGGUCCAGAUCAGAGAGUAUAUGGAAAAGAAAGGGCCCAGCACCCGAGAUUGGAGCCGUUAUUUUGAUAUCAUCGACGAUGUGAAGAACCAGAUCUUUGAUCAGUCUGUGGAAAAUGCUCGUGUUGUCCUGCAGAUUGAUAAUGCUCGUCUGGCUGCUGAUGACUUCCGCGUCAAGUUUGAGGCUGAACUGGCCGUUCGCCAGUCAGUGGAGAGUGACAUCAUUGGCCUCCGCAAAGUCAUUGAUGACACCAACAUGAGCCGUCUGCAGUUGGAAGGUGAGAUCGAGGCCCUCAAGGAAGAACUCAUCUUUAUGAAGAAGAACCAUCAAGAUGAAGUCGCCAGCUUGCAGGCCCAGAUUGCCAACUCAGGUCUGACAGUGGAGGUAGAUGCUCCCAAAUCACAGGAUCUGGCCAAGAUAAUGGCAGAGAUCCGGGCACAGUAUGAUACCUUGGCUCAGAAGAAUCUUGAGGAUUUGGACAAGUACUGGGGCCAGCAGAUCACAGAGAGCACCAUCAUCAUCAACCAAAAUACCAAAGAAAUCGAAACAGCCCGUACCACCGUUAUGGACUUGCGACGCACAGUCCAAACAUUGGAAAUUGAACUAGAAUCUGUGCGCAAUGUGAAAGCCAGUCUGGAGGGCAACCUGCACGAAGUGGAGACUCGCUACGCAAUGCAAAUAGAACAUCUGAACGGAAUUCUGCUGCGUACAGAAGCUGAAUUGGUCCAGCUACGGAAUGACAUCCAGCGCCAGGCAGAAGAGUAUCAGGCUCUAUUAAAUAUCAAAGACAAGCUGGAAACAGAGAUUGCUACCUAUAUGCAUCUGCUGGAGGGCGGAGAGGAACUGAACCUGAAAGAUGCUUUACUGGAAAGCACCAUGCAAACCACUCAGAAGAUUCGUUCUACCAAAAUUGUGGAUGGCAAAGUGGUGUCAGAGACCAGCGAAACCAAAAUAUUGAAGCGUUGAUCUCACCUAGUUUGGCAUACCUCCUGGUGCAACUGCAGUGGCAUCGUUUUACUUUAAAGUUGGGGGUUGCUGAGGAAGGGAUUGGGCUGGUUUAUUGUACAACUCAAUAAAGCAGUAUGUCUGAAAGCA